AUGUGGACAUUCAAACUUUUCUCGCUGGCCGCAUUGGUCUACCUGCCCAGCAUCCCCAGCACGGAAGCAUUGACACUGCACAAACGCGAGAAUCCGGCCGUCUUGGCUCUGCCAAUCAACAAACGUUCAGACCUAGGCACAUUGCAGAAACGCGGUGCGAAAGUGGUCAAUGUGGAGCUGGACAACAUGAUAAAUUUGCGCUAUUUCGUAAAUCUUACCGUCGGCUCUCCUGGUCAGGAUGUCAUGUUGUCCAUCGACACCGGCAGCAGCGACAUGUGGGUGAAUGUACCCAAUUCCGACUACUGCUCUCAAGAUGGCGAUCCCUGUGCCUUGUACGGCUUGUUUAAUCCUAAGAAGUCAUCCACCUUCAAGCAACUCGAUUACAAAAUGAACGCCACCUAUCUCGCGGGAACCCUGGCUGUGGGUCAUUAUGCCACCGAUAAGGUGAAAAUAGGAGGCGCGACAAUAAAAAAGGCGCAGUUUGCCGUGGCAGAAGACAGUCAAUUGGGGAAUGGUAUUCUUGGAAUUGGUUACAAGGCAUCCACGUACGCUGCUGCUGCAUUGAGCCAUAUGUACCCCAACCUUCCGCAAUCUCUCGUGGACAGCGGCGCGAUCAAAUCUGCCGCGUACAGUUUGUGGUUGAAUGAAUUCGAUGCCGUUGGAAGCAUUCUCUUUGGAGGUGUCAACAAGGCGCGUUAUGAGGGCGAACUGCAGACUUUGCCCGUGGUUCCAGUUCGAGGCCGUUACCAAUCCCUCACUCUUGCCCUCACUGAGAUCAUCGUGGAAGGCUCCAAGGAUUCGACGAGUGUUUCAAAGGGCAUGCCUCUAGCUACAACUCUAGACAACGGCAGUCCCUUGAUUGAGCUCCCACAGGAAAUAGUGGACCCCGUUCUGAGGGCGGUAGGGGCCCGCUAUUCCUCGAAAUAUGACUUGGCAUACAUCGAUUGCGACGAGGCGACCUCCGACUACAACGUGACUUUCAGCUUUUCCGGCGCGAAAAUCUCAGUCCCAAUGAACGCUUUGGUGUUCCCUUCCAAAUACCGAUGGGAGGGAUUACCGUCCGACGAAUGCCUCUUUGGAAUAAAACCCGGCCAGCCUGGAUUCAGCUUGAUCGGCGAUCCGUUCAUGCGAAGUGCUUAUAUUGUCUACGACCUCGACAACAAUGAAAUCUCGCUGGCCCAGGCCAAGUUCAAUUCAGGUGAUGAUGAUAUCCACGAGAUCGGCACUGGCUCCGAUGCCGUCCCCGGAGCCAAGAAGGUUGCUUCUGCAGUUUCCUCCGCCACGGGCAACGGGCCUAAUCCCACCGAGGUGCCCGAUAGCUCCGAGGCAACCCCUACCAUCGUUGUCACAGAGUCUGCCACCCAAACGGCGGCGAAAGAUUCUCCAACAGGUCCAACGGGGACCGGCACCGCCCCUGCUUCGAGCAACCUCGUCGGGCCUGGCGACAUUCCCUACCAUGAAGCCACAGUUUUUGCUUCCGGGAGCUGUUGGAGCGGGUCUACUUUUGGCUUUUAUCUCAAGAUCGUGCAAUGA